UUUUAUAACAGAAAAAAUUUUCAAAGUUUUAUUGUAUUUCUAUUAUAUCCAAAUUGGUUGUUGAAAAAAGGAAGAGACAUAAAGAGUAAAGAAAGGCAUUAUCUUACUAUUUGUCUAGCGUUCCCCGAAAGCAUUUAAGGUAAGCGCAGUGUAGUAGGAUACACGAAUACAAAUAGUAUCAAUUAUCACAUAUAAUUGCGGUGUUGUCUUAAAUAUAAUUGAAAAGUUAGUAAUAAAAUGGAAAUGGAAAUGAAAAUAGAAAUGCCAGAUACCGUCAAACAAGAAUUGCCAACUGAACAAGUCGAUUCCAAGUCACCCGAAAAAUCGAGUAAGAUAACUGGCUUUGUAAAAUGGUUCAACGCGAAGAAGGGAUUUGGUUUCAUUAAGAGAAAGGAUACUAAUGAAGAUGUUUUCAUGCAUCAUAGUGCAAUAAUGAAAGACGAUUCAAAAAAGCUGGUGCGGUUUAUAGCAGAUGAUGAGGAAUUACACUUCGAUGUUAUCACAGAUGCAAGAGGUAGCCGAGCUGAAAAUAUUACCGGCCCUACAGGGCAACCUGUACGUGGUGGACAAUUCUCUGGCAAUAGAUACAGAAAUGGACGUACCCUUUCACGUUUGCAAUUAAUUAAAUCUCCAAACACUAAAAAUAUAAUUGCAGAAAGGGUCAUCGGUAUAGUGAAGUGGUAUAAUAUAAAGAUUCGGUAUGGUUUUAUACAUAGAUGUGAUACCAAUGAAGAGGUCUUUGCACAUCAAAAUGGUAUUUAUAAAUACAAUCGUAAGAAGAUGGUUCGUUCACUUGGCGAUGGUGAAAUUGUUGAAUUUGAUGUCAUAUCAGGAACAAAAGAUAAUGUAGCGAUUAAUAUAACUGGGCCAGCUGGAGUACCAGUACGUGGCAGUUCAUUCAUUGUUAACAAGAGUGACUUUUAUAGAAUUGGUACCCUAAAUCAACGUGGCUUUAAUGGUGCAGCAGGCAAUCAACAGAAUAACAAUAAAAAGAUUGUGAAUAAGUGAUAAUAUAUAAUUGAAAUUUAAU